AAUUGGCUCAACUUUGAAGAAGGUUUGCUGAUAUUAGCUAAAAUGCCUGAGCAAUUCCAGAUGGGUGUUUCAGCCGCUCAAGGGGUUUCUAGUCGUCUUUCCAGUCAUCACUGCUUACCAGAGGACGAUCCAAAGCUAGCGGAAAUGAUUUACUUCUACUGCUGGCAGUGCUCGUCAAGGUUCUGCUGCAGUGAUUUCCUAUCCAGGCACCAAUAUAAGGCUCACAGAAUCACCGACGUGCACUGUUACUCUCAAGCAGGUAGCCGAGAUAAGGUCAGACCCGAUCUCUCAGAUCCUCAACAACCAAACUAUUCAGCUUCCGAUUUGGAAUUUUCGUCACACAACUCGCAAGACACGGAUUUUCUUGCUGGAGAAUCUCUCAACAUGGUUCCAUCAGAUUGGGACUCGCUCCUGGAGAUUCUGAACGAUUCCGGUUUAUGGGACAAAGCAAAUUCUUCGUGUCGUAUGAUCGUGCCGGCACCGGCAGCAAUACAUACGGAAAACUGGCAAUCUCCGCUCACUUCAGCAUCGAAACCAAGGGAGUCGUCUACUCCUAUGGGACCACGACAGAUGCUGAACACACCACCGCCAGACUCUCAGACAAUUGGUUUAACUACGAAGGGGCUUUAACACAUGGCUUCACAUGCUUUCUCGGACAAAGCAGAAAAGCGGCUAGGUAGUGGCGGAGCAAUAACCGCGUAGUUAACUCUAAAACUUGGAAGAUAUUGCAAU